AUUGAUGACGAUAUUUGGUACUGGGACCACGAAUCGCGUACGGUAUAUGGCCGCGUCAUUGCUAUCGAGCGCCUGGCCGAUGGUACACAAUUGCUCAUCAUCAAGCGACGCCAAGGGGGGGAAAUCAGCUUACCGUGGGUUUCGAUCCUUCCUGUUCCAGAUACUGAAUUGACGAGAAGCACAGGGCAGACACUGUUAACAAAAUAUAUCACUAGAUACCAACAUGUACACUGA